AUGGAUGACUCCCAAGACCCCACCACUUCCGCUGUAGUUAUGACCCAGGUAGAGCUGGAGGGCUGCAGCCAGCAAGGUGGGGGCAAUGGGUUCCUCAGUUUUCGCCAGCACGAAGAGCUCCAGGCCUUCCUCAACCUUCUGGAGGACAGUUUUGUCCAGGAAUUCCUCUCCAAAGACCCCUGCUUCCGGAUUUCAGAUAAGUAUCUCCUGGCCAUGGUGCUGGUCUACUUCCAGCGCGCCCGCCUGAAGCUCAGCGAGUACACCCACAGCAGCCUGUUCUUGGCCCUGUACCUUGCAAAUGACAUGGAGGAGGACCUGGAGGGGCCCAAAUGUCAGAUUUUUCCAUGGGCCCUGGGAAGAGAUUGGUGUUUACGAGUGGGGAAGUUCCUACAGCAGAGGGAUAAGCUCUGGGCACGGAUGGGUUUCCGGGCUGUCGUGAGCCGCCAGUGCUGUGAGGAGGUCAUGGCAAAGGAGCCAUUUCACUGGGCUUGGACUCGGGACCGGCGCCCCCACCAUGGCGGGGUUCAGAGGGUCUGUCCACAAGUCCCUUUCCGCCUUCCCCGGGGCCCUGGCCUCUCACCACCCCACUGUUCCCCCUGUGGCUUGCCCCAGCACCCCGGCUGCCACCCACUUAAGCCUGUGUCACUCAAGUGCUCUUCUCUGACCUCGGAGUGUCAUCGCCUUCCCUCCCAAAAUUCACUCUCAGCGUUCAAAAACACCUGGGGUGGGGACUUUCUCCUCAUCUUACCUCCCCAGAUUCAACUGGAACCUGACACCUACUGCCUCCGAAUUUUCCCAAAGCUUCUGCCACGCCCUGGGCACUGAAGCUCUGUAGGGUGAAGAAUGUCACGCCUGCUGGCCCACUGACCCACACGCCAUCAGCCGUGCUCCCACCCCUGCCCCUUCCUCCCAGCCUGCAGCUUUACCCAUGCUGGUCCUGGUCCCCUCUAAUAAAUUCAUGUCCACAAGACACCAGCUGUGCUUAGGUCCUGGCCUGGAUCCUUGACCUCUGGUCGGGGUGGGGAGGGGGAGUCUACCAGGGUUUUAACAUAUGAGCACAGGCUGUGUCACAGCUUGCCCCUUCCUUUUUUCUUUUUUCAGAAGUGUGUAGUGACAGCUUGGCCCCUUCAGUUAUCCUGAGCCUCAGUUUUCCUCUCUGUAAUAUCCAUGCCUAUGGAUAAUGAGAUCUACGCAGCGUUGAUGGGAUUAAAUGAUAUGAGGUAUCCUCAGGCCUUAGAAGAGGACCAGGGAGCUGGGUGUGGUGGCUCAUGCCUGUAAUCCUAGCACUUUGGGAGGCUGAGGCAGGUGGAUCAUUUGAGGUCAAAACUAGCCUGGCCAACGUGGCGAAACCCUGUCUCUACUAAAGAUACCAAAAUUAACCAGGCAUGGUGGCACACACCUGUGAUCCCAGCUACUUGGAGGCCGAGGUGGGAGAAUGGCUUGAACCAGGGAGGCAGAGGUUGCAAUGAGUUGAGACUGUGCCACUGCCCUCCAGCCUGGAUGACAGGGUGAGACUCUCUCAAAGAAAAUAAGAGAGGGCCACGAACGUAUUGGGAAACAAAAGUUGAAUGGAAAACAGCUCUUUAUUCAGUCUAGAAAUGCCUUUAGGACCAGGUUUACGUAGGCAUCAGACUUGAUCCCUUCCCUGAGCUGCAAUCAAAUAUAAUAUUGUAAUUAUAAUACAACCCCCUCCUCCCAAGAGACAUGGGAACUCAAAAGGAUUAAUUUCUUUUUUUUUUUGGAGACAGUUUUACUCUGUUGCUAGGCGCCAGACUGGAGUGCAGUGGCACAAUCCCGGCUCACUGCAACCUCCGCCUCCCCGGUUCAAGCAAUUCUCCUGCCUCAGCCUCCCGAGUAGCUGGGACUACAGGCACGUGCCACCAUGCCCAGCUAAUUUUUUUG